AUGGAUGAGGAAGACGAAAAUGACUUUUUUUGCAAAUGGAAUCCGGAAACUGAUGUUAUCAAAGAGGGGAAAUUAGAAACUGAACAAAUAAAUAUGAAUAUUGAAAGUAGUAUUUGCCAAAACCAGAAGGCAAUAAGGUUGGCAAAGAGUGAAGUUGGUUCCUUAAAUGGUAUAUUGGAAGUGUAUCUGUCCGAAAUGCAGGAUAGAAAACAAGCUUGGGUUGAGGAAAGACAGAAAAAACGGAUGCAAUUUAUAGAACAAGUGGCCAUUUUACUCCAAUACAAACAAAUUAUUGCUAACACACAAGUUCCCGAGAUUACUUCGUCAUUGAGAGCUGGAACAAAUGGUGCCAUUAAAUUAAACGGACAAGAACUCACACUUUUAAAUUCGCUAAAUGAAAUAAUUAACCCGACGAUAAAUUCCAAUGAGAAGGAAGAAGCUCGCUAUAAGAAACUACAAAUUUCCGUGGAACAAGGGAUGAGAAUCGUAAACGAUUCACCUAUUCGUAUUAUUGAUCAUAAUACAGGCAGUGAAAUUAAAUACUUGCUUGAUCGUAUUUCCAGCUGUCGUUUGCUUUCUAACAUGCCAUCUUGGCUAGAAAAUACUAUAUUUAUUCAGCAAAUGUCUGCCAUUGCUCCAACACGGGUUCCAAGAGGUUCAUCUUCGUGUUUCGUUAUUGGUAGUAGCGAAUCGGAUUGUAGUUCUACUAAUGAAAGGGGGGAUGACCAAACUGAAAAAUCUUAA